GAGAGCACAACAACCAGGAAAUAUCACAUUUAACCCAACAAUACGAAGUUCAAUGCUCAAUACCGGUACCGCAAAGUUGCUGUGUCAACGAUGAACUACAACAGCAGCGAAAAAAGCCAUUUCUUUCUUCUUGCUUUGAUUUGCUUGCUUACGGUGUUGGCGGCAGCAGUUGACUUCGACGACGUCGAUCCCUCGACGGUGAUUGCAAAAGCAUCGAAGUCGAGAUCGGAGCAAUCACCAGUACAAAAAGAUCGUUCCGUUGCGAUCUAUGACAACGUGUUGUCGAACAAAACGGCCGACUGGUUGCACCUGGAAUGCGUAGCUUGGAGCGAGGAUGCGGAACAACGGAAAGACAAACAGCGGCAGGCACAGCAUGCAACUGCCGCCGAUCCGAACAAAAAGAGCAACAAUGAUGACCACCGUUAUCUGGACCCAAUCAUCGAGUUUCCACUGGAGCAUCCCGAGCGACAUUCCCCCCUCCAGCAAUUCUUGAACGGACUUCUGUGGCAGAUGGAGGAACGGCAGCACCAGGCGGCACCGCUUGAGCCGGGUGCUGCUGGCCAAACCAGCAAACGCACAAAUAAGAAGUACUACGUCGAGUAUUGGACCCGGCAGGAAUGGCAACACAUCCUUGCGCACCAGGACAUGGACGAGGGCCUGUACCGCCAGCGCUCGCACCAGAGAUGGUCGGAGCGACAGAAACAACCGCAGGGAGAAGCGUCACCCAACGCCCGCGGUGAUCUCUCUUCCGCUCCCUCCGGACAACACUUCGACGACCUCCGCCACCCGCUCUUUGGCCACGUUCUCUAUCUGAGGGUCGGAAGCAGGGUCAAGGGUCCGACGGUGGUCUUUGGCGCCGCCAACGGCGGAGAGCUAGUGGAACAGGGAGUUGCAGGCAGUUCUACGAUGGUGUCCGUUCCGGCUUGGAAGGGCCGCCUCCUCCGCUUCAAGGGCGAUCUGCUUCACGCGGUCCCGCGGCCCUAUGAUGUCUACUGGACCUUCGACCAAUCGGAGCAGCACAGCAUCCAUCACCCCAGGGCUGAAUGGGAGCGAUCCGUCCUCUUGUUCAAUCUGUGGGAGCACGGGCAAGGGGGCGAUGACCCAUCGCAGACACGAGAGCAGCAACAAUUGCUCCUCGUGGACAAGAUUCUCGAUUGCGGAGACGGCCAAUGGAUUCCCGAUCGGACCACUUGUGCCAUGAGCGAGAACCAGAACAAGGAAAACGUGGCCAAGCACACUGGAGCAGCGCACAACGCCGAUGGGGAGCAAGAACUAUUUAGCUGCAACGAUGCAGGCGAUUGGGAGGAGAUUCCGGUCGUUCGCAAGACUGCCUUCGAAUCGCCGCAAGCAAUCAAAACGGCAACGGCAACGACAGCAACAACUGCACCCGAUGACGACGACGACUUGUUUUCGCUCCUACUGUACUUUGCCAAGUGGUGGUGGAACUACCUACUGCUUCUGUUGGACGACAGCGACAGCAAGGCCGUCGAACACUUCUCCGUUCCGCUCAUGGGGGACCCACGGCGAACCGGCAUCGAUGCCCGCGUCGCUAGGAUGCAAUCGAGGAAAAAGGCAACACGGGACACAAACACGAACCCAGACACACACGAAGCGAAGCCGAACCACUACAGUCCCGCCCGCGAGAGCAUGGCCGAGUCCUAUUGGCCGACCAUCGUCGAGAUCGAAACCGAUCCGCGCUAUCAGCAACACAGCCUGGUGCUCGUGCCCUCGGGGGAGCAGCAGAAACGCCACCGCUCCCGGAACGGCGGAGACCUGCCGGAAGAAUUGUAGUGCAGUUGCGGCAUAGUGCGAGCAAAGACACAUAGCACGCAGUGCAGCGCAAUGCAUCCCAACGGAUUCACCAAUAUGUCACACCACGAGUAUUACAAUUGAUAUUAUUUUUUCAAUCAUUAGGGGAAAACAGUAGUGAUACAAUGAUUGAAUUGCAAAAAAUUGUGUUUCCAAAUCGCAAAGACACUAGGGAGAAGCGAGCAGUCAGAACUGAUACUUUAGGGCAUCUAUUCUCUGAAGUACAAAAUCACGAAUAGAAUACAGCCAUUAAA